ACACGCACGCACGCUUAUAUAGAUCCACUCGUCGGUAAUAAUAUAGAGAAGCGCCUUAGCGUCGUUUGCUGAUUAUCGAGUGCAUUUCUACAAUCUCGUAUAAGGUUUUGUAUCCAUACUUAUUCAGCGAAGUCAGACGAUUCGUCGUUAUAAUUUAUUGUUUUAUUAUAGUUAUUAUGAACACUUGCGGCUUCGUUACUUGUGGCCCUAACGAGGCCCUCGUAGUAUCAGGAUGUUGUUACAGCAAACCACUGUUAGUACCAGGAGGCAGAGUUUUUGUUUGGCCAAUUGUUCAGCAAGUUCAAAAGAUUUCUCUCAAUACCAUGACUCUACAGGUUGAAAGUCCGACGGUAUAUACUUCUCAAGGUGUACCAAUAUCGGUAACAGGUAUUGCACAAGUUAAAAUACAAGGGCAAAAUGAAGAAAUGUUGUCAACGGCAUGCGAACAGUUUCUAGGUAAAUCAGAAGCGGAAAUACACAAUAUUGCUCUCGUAACACUGGAAGGUCAUCAGCGUGCAAUAAUGGGCAGUAUGACUGUCGAGGAAAUUUACAAAGAUCGUAAAAAAUUUAGUAAAGAGGUUUUUGAAGUUGCCAGCAGUGAUCUUGUUAAUAUGGGUAUAACUGUAGUAUCGUAUACAUUAAAGGACAUUAGGGAUGAAGAAGGGGCAAAGGGAUACCUAAAAGCUCUGGGUAUGGCAAGAACAGCCGAAGUUAAGAGAGAUGCCAGAAUUGGAGAAGCGGAAGCUCGCAGAGAUGCUCAAAUUCGUGAGGCCAUUGCAGAGGAGCAGAGAAUGGCAGCUCGGUUUCUAAAUGAUACGGAGAUUGCAAAAGCACAACGAGAUUUUGAACUCAAAAAAGCUGCUUAUGACGUGGAAGUACAAACAAAGAAAGCUGAAGCAGAAAUGGCCUUUGAGCUUCAAGCAGCAAAAACCAAACAACGAAUUAUGGAGGAACAAAUGCAGGUCAAAGUUGUCGAACGUGGCCAAGAAAUUGCUGUACAAGAACAGGAAAUGAUGCGACGCGAAAAAGAAUUAGAAGCUACGGUUCAAUGUCCUGCUAAUGCUGAAAAAUACAGGCUGGAAAAGAUGGCUGAAGCUAAUAAAUUAAAAACCGUAAUGGAAGCUGAAGCUGAAGCAGCAGCAAUUAAGAUUCGUGGAGAUGCUGAGGCAUUUGCAAUUCAAGCUAAAGCGAAAGCAGAGGCUGAACAAAUGGCUAAGAAAGUCGCAGCUUGGAACGAAUACAAGAGUGCUGCAAUGAUUGACAUGAUGCUCGAUACUCUUCCAAAGGUUGCUGCUGAAGUGGCAGCACCACUUUCGCAAGCAAAGAAAAUAACAAUGGUGUCAAGUGGUAGUGGAACAAUUGGCGCUGAGAAAUUGACAGAAGAGGUUUUAAAUAUUGUAACUCGUGUUCCCGAGCUUGUGAAAAACAUGACUGGCGUUGAUGUUGCAAAAGUAUGUGUACGAAGUCAUUGACUUUGUCCACCUAGUCAUCUAAGAGCAUAUAAAUAAGUCCGCGGAAUAUUCGCUAGUGUUAAAUUAUGUAAACACCUGAUGAUUUAAUUAUUUAUAUAUAUAUAU